CACGUGAAAGGUCAUAGGUAACAGAUACAUGUGACAUUGAGAGGAAACGAAAUGCUUAUGUUUAGUGUAUAAUACAAAGAUUAUCUGUCCGUCUUAGUUUAUUAUUAUUAUUUUUUUUUACUUCGCUUUAAUACAUUUCGUAAGCGGCCAAGGCUAGCAAAGACAUCAGCAUGAGAUUGACAGCGCUUCUGGCCAUGGCGGCUCGGGUGAAGGUGCCAGCCGACUACCGCUACGCCACCAGCCGGCCGUGGAGCAUCGCAGCGAAAAGACUCAACCCACCUGGCAAGAAGAGGCGGAAGGUUUUUUUUGAGCCCAUUGCCCACGAAGACUGGUCCGUUUUCCGUGGCGAUACAGUGGAGAUACUUUCCGGUAAAGACAGCGGGAAGCAGGGCAAGGUUGUCCAGGUUUUCCGGAACCGUAACUGGGUCAUUCUGGAGGGUCUCAACACGCACUACAGAUAUAUUGGAAAAUCUGCAGAUUACAGGGGCACAUAUAUUGCCAGUGAAGCACCCCUCCUCCUGAAAGACAUCGCCCUUGUCGAUCCCUCCGACAGGAUACCCACGCAGGUGGAGUGGAGAUACACAGAGGAGGGGGAGAGGGUGCGGGUGUCGGUCCGAACAGGCCGAAUCAUCCCCAAGCCGGUAUUUCAGCGUAAGGAUGGCAUUGUACCCCAGCAGUGGAAAGAUGGUCCCAAGGACACAUCCCCAGAAGAUGCUCUGGAGAAGACCUACAUGGCCUCGCUGAAGACGCUUGAAGAGGAAGUCAUGGAGAAGCUGGGUAUCCAGGAGACAAGGAGGCACAGGAAGAGCUUCUGGUACUGAGCGGAUGGACGGACAGAUGGAUGGAAAGGCCAGCAGAUGGGGGCCGCAGUAGCUGAAGUUCCUCCUAAUUGACUGUGUACAGCAGUUUUCCUGCUGUAGAUUGAGUUACUUCGAACCUUAGGUAUUCUGCUGAAGUGGCUCAGCAUAUGAUUUGUCAGCUAAAAAUCUACCUGAUCCGAAAUCAUAUGUUAACAGUGGCUUUGUAAUAAAAUACUUUAAGUGCUUAUAACCGUCAUACUUUCAGGCUAUUAAUUUUGAAGCAUCAUGCUGCUCUUCAGUGAUCCAGUCUGAUGUAUAUGCAUUAAAAUAUGCAAGAAUGUGGCAUCUAAAUAAACUAAUCAUGGAUGGGAAAUGUUUGAUUUUGUCUGUACAUGUUAAGUCGGUAAAGUUAUAAACUGAUUUAGCUGUGGUGUACAAAUAAAGUCAUUUGGAUAGUA